UAGGAACAUUCGGGCCGGCGCGGCUGGCAGUGCUCACAACAGUGCCCACUUUCUAACAUGGCAGAUCAAUUUGUGUUGUAUUAUCAUGUGACGGCGAAACGCUCCCGUUGAUAGGACCGUAACCUCGUGCGAAGCGAUCGUAGUCCCCCGGUAACCUCGCGAGUGUGGACGCGCGGCGCGCUCGCGGUCGCGUUAAACAAAAUCGCGAUGGCGGACCUCAAGAGCCCGCCGUUCAGUGACAUCAAGCGGCCCGAGGAGGUGGUGGCGAUGGCGAUGAACGACAGCCUCAAGUUCGCCGUGCUGAUCGGCCUGAUCGAGGUGGGACAGGUGUCCAAUCGGGAGGUCGUCAACACCGUGCUGCACCUGCUCGUGGGCGGUGAAUUCGACAUGGAGCUGAAUUUCGUGAUACAGGACGCUCAGAACAUCAGGCACAUGCUGGAGCUUCUCGACCAUUGCCCACCCAAUCUCCAGGCCGAGAUAUGGAGCGUCUUUAUCGCGAUUCUAAGAAAAAGCGUCAGAAACUUGCAAGCAUGUACGGAUGUGAGUCUUAUAGAACACGUUCUGCACCGAUUAUCUCGUGCGGAAACUGUUGUGGCCGAUUUGUUAAUCGAUAUGCUGGGAGUGCUAGCAAGCUACAGCAUAACGGUGAAAGAAUUGAAACUUUUGUUCGGCGCUAUGAAAUCCGUUAAGGGAAAAUGGCCACGGCAUUCGGCGAAACUGUUAAACGUCCUCCGCCAAAUGCCGCAGCGAAAUGGGCCCGACGUGUUUUUCAGUUUUCCCGGCAGGAAGGGGUCGGCGAUUGUUUUGCCGCCACUCGCAAAGUGGCCGCACGAGAACGGAUUUACCUUUACCACAUGGUUCCGCCUAGAUCCCAUCAACUCUGUUAAUAUCGAACGAGAAAAACCGUACCUCUACUGCUUUAAAACAAGCAAGGGAGUAGGAUACUCUGCACAUUUCGUAGGCAACUGCUUAGUCCUGACUUCAAUGAAAAUAAAGGGCAAGGGCUUCCAACAUUGUGUCAAAUACGAAUUUCAACCGCGAAAGUGGUAUAUGAUCGCGGUAGUGUAUAUAUACAAUAGGUGGACAAAAAGUGAAAUUAAAUGUCUGGUCAAUGGCCAGUUGGCGUCGAGUACGGAAAUGACAUGGCACGUUUCGACGAACGACCCUUUCGACAAAUGCUACAUUGGAGCAACCCCCGAACUGGACGAAGAGCGCGUGUUUUGCGGACAAAUGAGUGCAAUAUAUUUAUUCAGCGAAGCGCUGACGACGCAUCAAAUAUGCGCGAUGCAUAGACUGGGGCCGGGAUAUAAGAGCCAGUUUCGUUUCGACAACGAGUGCUACCUGAAUCUGCCCGACAAUCAUAAAAGGGUGAGUGAGCAGGAUCUCUCUACGAGCAUGGUGGACCAAAGUAUGCAAAUUGUACUUUACGAUGGAAAAUUGUCGAAUGCAAUUGUGUUCAUGUACAACCCAGUAGCGACAGACUCGCAGCUUUGUCUACAGAGCGCACCGAAAGGCAACAUCUCGUAUUUUGUACAUACCCCGCACGCCCUCAUGCUACAGGACGUCAAAGCGGUCAUAACGCACUCCAUUCACAGCACGUUGAACUCGAUAGGCGGCAUUCAAGUACUGUUCCCGUUAUUCUCACAACUGGACAUGCCAUACGACUGCAUAGCGCCGAACGACAUUAAGCGCGAUCCCACAUUAUGUUCGAAACUACUCGGGUUUAUUUGCGAUUUGGUAGAGAGCUCUCAAACCGUUCAACAACACAUGGUACAAAACAGAGGAUUUCUGGUAAUAAGUUUUAUGCUGCAGAAAGCAAGUCGAGAUCAUCUCACGACGGAAGUUCUUGCAUCCUUCCUGGAGCUUACGAAGCAUUUAGUGACUUGUCUUAGCGCGAACAGCGAUUUGUUAUUGAAACAGUUGUUUUAUUUUUCAUUCCUAACAUGGCAGCUACUGGAUCACGUUCUUUUUAAUCCCGCUCUGUGGAUAUACACGCCAGCGCCAGUGCAAACACGGCUCUACUCGUAUCUGGCCACAGAAUUUCUUAGCGACACGCAAAUUUAUUCCAAUGUGAGACGCGUAUCGACGGUUCUGCAAACCGUGCACACGCUCAAGUACUAUUACUGGGUAGCCAAUCCUCGCGGCAAAAGCGGAAUAACACCGAAAGGACUUGAUGGACCGCGACCGCAGCAGAAGGACAUUCUUACAAUUCGUUCUUACAUCUUGUUAUUUUUGAAACAAUUGAUAAUGAUCGGUAACGGUGUGAAAGACGAUGAAUUGCAGAGCAUACUUAACUAUUUAACGACGAUGCACGAGGAUGAAAACUUGCACGAUGUUUUACAAAUGCUGAUAUCUUUGAUGUCGGAACAUCCGUCAUCGAUGGUACCCGCAUUUGAUGCGAAGCAAGGAGUGCGAACGAUUUUCAAGCUUCUGGCAGCUGAGAGCCAGCUGAUACGUCUGCAAGCGUUAAAACUGCUGGGAUUCUUCCUCAGCCGCAGUACACACAAACGAAAAUACGAUGUCAUGAGCCCGCAUAAUCUGUACACGUUACUAGCUGAAAGGCUUCUGUUGAACGAGGAAACACUUUCAUUGCCGACAUACAAUGUUUUAUACGAGAUUAUGACAGAGCACAUCAGUCAACAAAUAUUGUAUGCCAGACAUCCCGAACCUGAAUCUCACUACCGUUUAGAAAAUCCGAUGAUACUGAAGGUAGUCGCGACAUUAAUUCGACAAUCAAAGCAAACGGAGCAGCUGCUGGAAGUGAAGAAACUGUUCCUCUCGGACAUGACGCUGCUCUGCAACAACAACCGGGAGAAUCGGCGUACGGUCUUGCAAAUGUCCGUAUGGCAGGAGUGGCUCAUCGCCAUGGCUUACAUCCAUCCGAAGAAUACCGAGGAGCAGAAGAUAUCCGACAUGGUGUACUCCUUAUUUCGCAUGCUUCUUCAUCACGCUAUCAAGCACGAGUACGGUGGCUGGCGUGUGUGGGUCGACACCCUGGCUAUCGUGCACUCUAAGGUAUCGUACGAGGAAUUCAAACUUCAAUUUGCCCAAAUGUACGAGCAUUACGAGCGACAGAGGUCCGACAACAUUACGGAUCCUGAGCUGAGACAGCAGAGGCCGAUCAGCACGAUUUCCGGAUGGGAUCAGCAGCACUCCGGUAGCAAUGGAUACAAUAGACCAGCGGUUUGGGGAAAUCAGCAAAAUCACGAGAUUCAGCACAUGGACAGGAAUUACAAGGAGUUUGAUUCAUCCGAGGCAAAUGAUCGAUUGGAAGAAUCCUGCAGCUGCGAUCUUAAUUCAAUAGACAACACCGAAAGCGACGGUAGUCCGGCCAUCGUGAAAUCGCGCAGCGAGACCUUGGACACCCUGCCAUCGUGCGAGGUGGUGUCGUUGGACUCCAGAUUGAGCGACAAGCCGGAGACACCGACUACCGCGCGCGAGACUCACACGGAGACACCGACGAUCCUCGAGGAAGCGAACAGCGAAGCCGUCUCGCUGCCGACCACGCAAGAGACCAGCGAGGUGAUAUCGAUCGAGAGCUCCAGCGACUUCUACAGCGAGGUGCACAAAAUCGAGAGUUCCAGCCCCGACUCGAUGACGGUUCAGGACACGUUGAAAAAGGAGGAAGACGCGGCUCUUGAGAAACAAUCUGUUGCCGCUACCGAAUCCUCCUCCACCGAACAGAUUAAGGAAAGCACGGAAGCGACAGCUGUCGAAGCGAAAGAAGACUCGAAGGAGGCUGCGACAGAUACAAAUAUUCCCGACGCGGUUUCCACAGCGGUGGACAAAGUUGAAGAUCCACCGACCGCAGACGAGGAGGCGAAGGAUAAGUCUGUCGAGGAGAAUAACGUCACGACCGACGACAGUAAUACGCCGACCAACACCGAGGAUUCCGACAAGACUGCGACAGUGAUCGAAAAUACGGCAGUCGCUGACUCUGUUGCCCCAAAGGCCGACGCCGACGCCGACACCGAAGAAGACACUGUGCCAAUUGUCCCUUCUGACGAAACGCGGGAACCGCUGACGGUCAAAGUGAUCGAGAAGCUCCAGUUGGAGAACGACCGCGAGAUAAUUGAUAGCGACACGUCCGAGGCGUACUUGACGCCGACUGAGAAUCAGGAGAUCUCGAGCGAGAUAAAAAGCAGAACGUCCGAAGGUGAGAAGAACGACGACGAGACGACCGUCGAGAAGGACAUUUCCGAGGACAGGGACACUACCGCUGGCGAGAACGACGCAGGGGAAGCUGUAAAAAAUCCUAAUUGCUCAACUAGCAUAGUAGAAAGCGGUGAGGCUUGCGCGGAGGAGGCGGUAGAUCUAGGAAGCGAGAAGGCGGAGCCCGUAAUAGUGAAUAGUGCGUUAAGUAGCGACGAACGCGCCGCGGAUCCUUUAACGGAGGACAAAAGUGCUGUUAUUAAUGAUAACGAAGACGACGCGAGGGUAAACGAGAAACACUCAAGGGAGCCGUCCACUAUUUCUACUAGCGUAAGUGAUAAUAAGUCAGACGUUCCGGCGACGACUGGCGAGGUAGAAGUUACAGAUAGUGUUUGUAGUAAUAGCGACGUUCAAAGUUCUGUAGAUAAUGUGACGCAAGUGCCAAAUCCUAAGCAGCAAAUCCCAACAAUAUCUACGGUCUGUGAUGCAACUAAAAGUUUAUCCGACGGUGUGCCUCAAAUCGUUAGUUCUAAUGUGGUUGCCAGGGACAAUGCGUUAUUGAAUGACUUAACUCCAGAUCACGUAGACACCCACCGCAGAUCCAGCCUGCCGAUCGUCUCCACGGAAGCGGUCGCGACGGACGACAACGGUCACGAGCCGCCCUCCUUGCCUGUGCCCUUACGAAAGACAUCGUCACCCCAGAAACGACCAAGGAGUGCCUCUACGUCCACGCAGGUGGAUCCGAAUCAUUUCGAAGCCAAAAGAUCGAAGCAAGGAAAUCCCUCCACGCGGCCAAUGUUCAGUCCAGGCCCGACACGACCUCCGUUCAGAAUACCGGAAUUCAAAUGGUCAUACAUACAUCAACGACUGCUGUCGGACGUGCUGUUCUCUUUGGAAACAGACAUACAAGUGUGGAGAAGCCAUUCAACGAAAUCCGUGUUGGAUUUCGUAAACAGCAGCGAGAACGCCAUUUUCGUGGUGAAUACUGUCCAUCUAAUUUCGCAGUUAGCCGACAAUCUCAUAAUAGCUUGCGGCGGUUUGCUGCCUUUAUUAGCGUCGGCCACUUCGCCAAAUAACGAACUGGAUGUAAUCGAGCCAACUCAGGGGAUGCCAAUCGAAGUGGCAGUUUCUUUUUUGCAAAGACUAGUCAACAUGGCCGACGUACUUAUAUUCGCUAGCUCGUUAAACUUCGGAGAAUUGGAGGCUGAGAAAAACAUGUCGAGCGGUGGCAUAUUGCGACAAUGUUUACGACUGGUCUGUACAUGUGCCGUUAGAAACUGCUUAGAGUGUAAAGAACGUGGCAGAUCGUACAGCAUGUUAGGUCGGCAGAUUGGUUCUAGUAAUAAAUCACAGCAUAUACAAUCACUUAUACGCGGGGCUCAGACAUCGCCGAAGAACAUCGUGGACAACCUUACGCAUCAGUUAAGUCCUGUGAAGGAUCCCGAGAAAUUGCUGCAAGACAUGGACGUAAAUCGUUUGAGAGCUGUGAUAUACAGAGAUGUUGAAGAAACCAAGCAGGCACAGUUUCUGUCCCUUGCUAUAGUUUACUUCAUCUCUGUAUUGAUGGUCUCCAAAUAUCGCGACAUAUUGGAACCGCCAAUAUCGCAGCGUCCACCAAGUCCAGUGCAAACGAUACAGACAAACGGUGCCGGUCUCAGGCCAGGUAGCCCUUCAGAUGGGAAUGGUGGUGGAGGAGGGCGGCCCCUAUUUCCACAGUGGUCUCACCACGUGUACCCACAGUUCCUCCCGGGAUCUCACCCUAACGCCAAUGCAAAUGUCAAUGCCAAUGCCAACCAUCACAUCAACCAGCACCAUCACCAGCACCCGCUACCGGCUGCCAGGCACUCUAAUCGCCAGCCACCCUCUAACUAUUAUCUCCCGAAUCACCACAACAAUCACUACAAUCAUCAUCCGAAUAACCAUAACUAUCAUCGCCAUCAUCACUAUCAUCACCACAAUAACAACAACCACCACCAUACGCUUCAAAAGCAUAUCGAUCAGCCCCGAAAUCUCUGUCAUAGAAACUCCGGUGUCGGUCUGCAAGGUAGCGGAGGUAUAAUGAGUCAAUCGGGCUCUCAGGAUGACGGCGAGUACGAAGUCAUUAUCGUCGACGAGAACAACUCAUCGAUUUUGGCCGAUCACGAUGUCACGUCGUCUGGUCCGCCGUCGACCAAGGGAGGUCACAGUGGUGUACCUCGGCCGCGGACUAUUCUCGAGGAUUACACCUCAUCAGAACCAACGCUUGGCACUUCAACAAGGUCCGAACCACUGCCACGAAAUCUGCAGAGCAAUGACUCCAGUGAGGAGACAGUACACCGCAGCAAUAUCACCGCGGACCCGAGUCCUUCUGAAGUUACCACGGACAACGAAAACAAGCACAAUUCGUCCGAAGAGGCCUGGACAGACGUGAACCUUAACGAGGACGGUGAUACGAUGCCUAUUACAAAUCCAAGGGAAGACCCGCGAAACAUUCACAAUAUCGCACACUCGCGUGGCGAGAUAUAUUCUGAAACGCACACACGCACAGGCGACAUGCAAGACAGCGAGGGCAACGUUCUCGAACAAGAAAUGCUCGGCAACGCGGAGCGCGGGGAGAAACCGUCGGCGGAGAUCUCCGUGGUGCGGGUGCCCGAUCGGUUGGUGGUAACCGCGGCGUCCCCGAGGGCCGACGAAUUGCCGAUCAAAGGUCUGGUCGAUCAUUUACCUGUACCGACACCUUCCCGCGAGGCCUCUCUCACGCAAAAGCUGGAAAUGGCCUUGGGUUCGGUUUGCCCCCUCCUACGUGAGAUCAUGGUGGACUUUGCUCCCUUCCUGUCCAAAACACUCGUUGGCUCUCAUGGUCAAGAAUUGUUAAUGGAAGGAAAAGGUACGAGCUGUAAGGGUUUAACCACAUUUAAGAACAGCAACUCCGUCGUGGAAUUGGUUAUGCUCCUCUGCUCCCAAGAAUGGCAAAACUCCCUGCAGAAGCACGCGGGUCUCGCUUUCAUCGAGCUCAUUAACGAGGGAAGGCUGCUAUCUCACGCGAUGAAGGAUCACAUAGUAAGAGUCGCAAACGAGGCAGAGUUCAUUUUAAACAGGAUGAGAGCGGACGACGUGCUGAAGCAUGCUGACUUUGAGUCACAAUGCGCGCAAACAUUACUGGACCGUCGGGAGGAGGAACGCAUGUGCGAUCAUCUAAUCACCGCCGCACGAAGACGCGAUCAUGUUAUCGCCAGCAGACUGCUGGAGAAAGUUCGAAAUAUCUUGUCCAACAAGCACGGCGCAUGGGGAUACAUGGAUCCAAUGGCUGCAAAAUUGGCCGAAUACUGGAAACUGGAUGCUUGGGAGGAUGAUGCACGUAGACGUAAGCGUUUCGUGCACAAUCCACUAGGCUCGAGCCACCCCGAGGCUACUCUCAAGGCGGCUCUAGAACACGGUGCACCCGAGGAUGCGAUACUUCAAGCGCGUGAAGAGUUUCACGCGCAUCUCGCAGCCUCGCGUGCACACCAACAGCAAUUGCAGUCGGCGGAUCUUCUGGAUGACAGUGAAUUGCUGUCGGACGACAGGGAUCUCGACAACGACCUGACAGGUCCGGUGAACAUUAGCACGAAAGGCAAAUUAAUCGCACCCGGUAUCGUGGCGCCCGGCAUCAUAUCCGUUACAUCUACGGAGCUGUAUUUCGAGGUGGACGAGGACGACCCGGAGUUCAAGAAAAUCGACAGUGAGGUGCUGAAGUACUGCGACCAUUUACACGGAAAAUGGUACUUUUCCGAGGUCCGCGCGAUCUUCUCGCGGCGAUACCUGCUGCAAAACGUGGCCAUCGAGAUUUUCCUCGCCAGCAGAACCUCGAUCCUGUUCGCGUUCUUGGAUCAGGCGACGGUGAAAAAGAUGAUCAAGGCACUACCGCGGGUCGGCGUCGGCAUCAAGUACGGGAUACCCCAGACUAGACGGGCGUCCUUGAUGUCACCGCGACAGUUGAUGAGAAGCUCCAAUAUGACUCAAAAGUGGCAGCGUCGGGAAAUAUCCAAUUUUGAAUAUCUGAUGUUCCUGAACACAAUUGCCGGCCGCACGUACAACGACUUGAAUCAAUAUCCUGUAUUCCCUUGGGUCUUGACGAACUACGAAACGAAGGAGCUCGAUCUCAGUUUACCAAGCAAUUAUCGAGAUUUGUCCAAGCCGAUUGGCGCACUGAAUCCAAACAGAAGAGCUUAUUUCGAGGAGCGCUUCCAGAGCUGGGAACACGACACUAUACCGCCCUUCCAUUACGGCACGCAUUACUCUACGGCGGCCUUUGUUUUAAAUUGGAUGAUACGCGUGGAACCGAUGACGACUAUGUUCUUGGCGUUGCAAGGCGGCAAGUUCGAUCACCCUAACCGACUGUUUUCAUCUAUCGCGCUCUCGUGGAAGAAUUGCCAACGCGAUACAUCCGACGUCAAGGAGCUGAUUCCGGAAUUCUUCUUCCUACCGGAAAUGUUAGUGAACAGUAACCGCUAUCGUUUAGGCAGGCAGGAAGACGGCAGCUCGGUCGGCGAUGUUGAAUUACCACCUUGGGCUUCGUCUCCCGAAGAGUUUAUACGUAUAAAUCGAAUGGCACUCGAGUCCGAAUUUGUGUCUUGUCAAUUACAUCAAUGGAUCGAUCUGAUAUUCGGUUAUAAACAGAAAGGCCCGGAAGCUGUACGUGCAACCAACGUUUUCUACUAUUUAACGUACGAGGGUAGCGUGGAACUGGACACGAUCACCGAUCCCAUGAUGAGGGAAGCGAUAGAGAAUCAAAUUAAGAACUUCGGGCAGACGCCGUCGCAGCUCUUAAUGGAACCGCAUCCUCCGAGGAGCUCGGCGAUGCAUUUGUCGCCAAUGAUGUUCUCGAGCAUUCCGGACGACGUGUGCAUGACCAUCAAGUUCCCGUCUAACUCGCCGAUCUGUCACAUCUCGGCCAACACUUAUCCACAACUGCCACUGCCAUCGGUUGUGACGGUAACCACCGGACAGCAGUUCGCUGUUAAUCGGUGGAAUACCAAUUACGCAGCCUCCGUGCAAUCUCCGAGUUAUGCAGACACACCUCAGGCGCAGGCUGCCAAUCAACCAUUGUCUAUGGAUCCUGUUCUUUCUCAAGCGGCAAAUAGCUCGAAUCCAACGUUACAACGUCGACAUCUAGGCGACAAUUUUAGCCAGAAGCUCAAGAUUCGCAGUAAUUGCUUUGUUACCACUGUGGACAGCCGAUUUUUGGUGGCCUGUGGAUUUUGGGACAAUAGCUUCCGCGUCUUUUCCACCGAGACAGCAAAAAUCGUGCAGAUAGUGUUCGGUCAUUACGGAGUCGUCACUUGCCUGUCGCGCAGCGAGUGCAAUAUUACUUCCGACUGCUACAUCGCGUCCGGAAGUGCCGACUGCACCGUUCUUCUCUGGCAUUGGAACGCAAGGACACAGACUAUCGUCGGUGAGGGUGAAGCACCGGCGCCACGUGCCACCCUUACGGGCCACGAGCAGCCUGUGACGGCCGUCGUCAUAUCCGCCGAAUUGGGUUUGGUUGUCUCGGGAUCGCAUUACGGCCCGGUACUCGUCCACACCACUUUUGGCGAUCUCCUGAGGUCGCUCGAGGCGCCGAACGGAUUUUCAUCCCCCGAGAACAUCGCUAUGUCACGCGAGGGCGUUAUCGUGGUAAACUACGAACGUGGGCACAUAGCAGCCUUCACCAUAAACGGAAAACGUCUUCGUCACGAGUCUCACAAUGAUAAUUUACAGUGCUUACUGCUGAGUAGAGACGGUGAAUACUUGAUGACUGGAGGUGACAAGGGUAUCGUAGAAGUUUGGCGAACUUUCAACCUCGCUCUACUUUAUGCAUUUCCCGCAUGCGAAAGCAGCGUGCGUUCUCUCGCGCUUGCUCAUGAUCAAAAGUUUCUUCUAGCUGGUCUGGCAAAUGGGUCCAUUGUGAUAUUCCACAUCGACUUUAACAGAUGGCAUCACGAGUUCCAGCAGCGUUACUGAAAUUACGACUUCCUGUUUGCCUAAGAAGGCACGGCGCAUCCCCAUAGAAUAAACUUCUGCGCUUAACUUUCC